AUGAAGCCGUGCGAUGUCACACCCCCUGCCUCCUCAUGCCAUCCGCUCCCCCCCGCCCCCACCCUCCGCGUGCCCGCUCCCUUGCCGCCUCUUUUGACCCUCCCUGCCCCCCUCGCCGUUUCCCACCGCCCGCCAUUCGCUCCUCCCCGCCCGUGCGCUCCCCUCGUUUACCUUCUCCUCCCCCCUCCCCUCCUCUGCUGCACGCCUCUUCCUUCCCCUCGCCGACCCACUCCACUCCCUGCCCCUCCUCAAUCCGCACCCUGCCCCUCGUAUCUCGCCCCCCUAUGCUUGGUUUCUCCCCUCCCUGCCCCUCGCCGCCUUUCUCCGCUCCCCACCUCCCCCCUCUCCCUGCUCCCCCACUCUCCCCCCCUUGCCCUUGGCUUCCUACCUCCCUGCCCCACCUUUCCCCCCUCCGUGUGCUCAGCUUCUCCCCUCCCUGCCCCUCCCUCCUCCCCGCCCUGCCCCUCAUUUUCCGCCCCCCCACGCCCGGUUUCUCCCCUCCCCGCGCCUCCCUUUCUUUCUCCGUGCCUCUCCUUUGCUCCCUCCCUGCCCCCGCCUGCCCAUGCCCCUGUCUUUGGCUUCUCCCCUCCCUGCCCCACGUUUCUUCCCUCCCUGCCCCCCCUCUGCCCCUCCCUUGUUUUCCCCUCACCCAUUGCUUCUCCCCUCCCUGCCCUUGAUUUCCCGCACCCCUGCCCUUGUUUCCUACCAUCCAUGCCCCUCGUUUCCCCCCUUUGUACGUUCAGCCUCUUCCCUCCCUGCCCCUCCCCUCCUCCCCCCCUGCCCUUUGCGUUCCCCUCGUUACGCUCCCUUCUCCCCAUCCCUGCUGCCCUCUUGCCACCAUCAGCCCAUCCGCACCACCAGCCCCCCUCCCACCCUUCUCUCCCCCCCUCCCUUUCCCUCUCUCUCUCUCUCUCUCUCUCUCUUUCUCACACACACACGCACACUCCCCUCCCCCACCCCCCACCCACGUCCUCCCAUUCCGCCCCUCCCUGCCCCUUUCCCACCCCCUCGCACGCCCCUCACCUCCCACCUCCGUGCAACUGGUUUCCCCCCUAUGGUGCCUCCCUUGCAUCGCUCGCCCCGCUGCUCACCCUCUGCCCGCCCCUUUUCCGUGCCCUCAGCUGGCCCAGCCCCUGCCCGUUGCUGCCCCUCCCCUUGCCCCCUCAACUCCCCUGCCCCCCGUACACCCCAGUCCCAUCCAACCGCCCCCACCCUCCCCCGGCUGCCCGUUUCCGCUCUCCACCCCCGCGACCGUUCACACCCCCUGCCUCCUCAUGCCAUCCGCUCCCCCCCGCCCCCACCCUCCGCGUGCCCGCUCCCUUGCCGCCUCUUUUGACCCUCCCUGCCCCCCUCGCCGUUUCCCACCGCCCGCCAUUCGCUCCUCCCCGCCCGUGCGCUCCCCUCGUUUACCUUCUCCUCCCCCCUCCCCUCCUCUGCUGCACGCCUCUUCCUUCCCCUCGCCGACCCACUCCACUCCCUGCCCCUCCUCAAUCCGCACCCUGCCCCUCGUAUCUCGCCCCCCUAUGCUUGGUUUCUCCCCUCCCUGCCCCUCGCCGCCUUUCUCCGCUCCCCACCUCCCCCCUCUCCCUGCUCCCCCACUCUCCCCCCCUUGCCCUUGGCUUCCUACCUCCCUGCCCCACCUUUCCCCCCUCCGUGUGCUCAGCUUCUCCCCUCCCUGCCCCUCCCUCCUCCCCGCCCUGCCCCUCAUUUUCCGCCCCCCCACGCCCGGUUUCUCCCCUCCCCGCGCCUCCCUUUCUUUCUCCGUGCCUCUCCUUUGCUCCCUCCCUGCCCCCGCCUGCCCAUGCCCCUGUCUUUGGCUUCUCCCCUCCCUGCCCCACGUUUCUUCCCUCCCUGCCCCCCCUCUGCCCCUCCCUUGUUUUCCCCUCACCCAUUGCUUCUCCCCUCCCUGCCCUUGAUUUCCCGCACCCCUGCCCUUGUUUCCUACCAUCCAUGCCCCUCGUUUCCCCCCUUUGUACGUUCAGCCUCUUCUCUCCCUGCCCCUCCCCUCCUCCCCCCCUGCCCUUUGCGUUCCCCUCGUUACGCUCCCUUCUCCCCAUCCCUGCUGCCCUCUUGCCACCAUCAGCCCAUCCGCACCACCAGCCCCCCUCCCACCCUUCUCUCCCCCCCUCCCUUUCCCUCUCUCUCUCUCUCUCUUUCUCACACACACACGCACACUCCCCUCCCCCACCCCCCACCCACGUCCUCCCAUUCCGCCCCUCCCUGCCCCUUUCCCACCCCCUCGCACGCCCCUCACCUCCCACCUCCGUGCAACUGGUUUCCCCCCUAUGGUGCCUCCCUUGCAUCGCUCGCCCCGCUGCUCACCCUCUGCCCGCCCCUUUUCCGUGCCCUCAGCUGGCCCAGCCCCUGCCCGUUGCUGCCCCUCCCCUUGCCCCCUCAACUCCCCUGCCCCCCGUACACCCCAGUCCCAUCCAACCGCCCCCACCCUCCCCCGGCUGCCCGUUUCCGCUCUCCACCCCCGCGACCGUGUGCGGCUUCCAACCGCCCAACGGUGGUGCGCACGGGGCGUUUCUUCGCACGGGCAAGCCUCCCCGGGGGGCCCCCACCCCGCUGAGUCGUUUCACACCCCCUGCCUCCUCAUGCCAUCCGCUCCCCCCCGCCCCCACCCUCCGCGUGCCCGCUCCCUUGCCGCCUCUUUUGACCCUCCCUGCCCCCCUCGCCGUUUCCCACCGCCCGCCAUUCGCUCCUCCCCGCCCGUGCGCUCCCCUCGUUUACCUUCUCCUUCCCCCUCCCCUCCUCUGCUGCACGCCUCUUCCUUCCCCUCGCCGACCCACUCCACUCCCUGCCCCUCCUCAAUCCGCACCCUGCCCCUCGUAUCUCGCCCCCCUAUGCUUGGUUUCUCCCCUCCCUGCCCCUCGCCGCCUUUCUCCGCUCCCCACCUCCCCCCUCUCCCUGCUCCCCCACUCUCCCCCCCUUGCCCUUGGCUUCCUACCUCCCUGCCCCACCUUUCCCCCCUCCGUGUGCUCAGCUUCUCCCCUCCCUGCCCCUCCCUCCUCCCCGCCCUGCCCCUCAUUUUCCGCCCCCCCACGCCCGGUUUCUCCCCUCCCCGCGCCUCCCUUUCUUUCUCCGUGCCUCUCCUUUGCUCCCUCCCUGCCCCCGCCUGCCCAUGCCCCUGUCUUUGGCUUCUCCCCUCCCUGCCCCACGUUUCUUCCCUCCCUGCCCCCCCUCUGCCCCUCCCUUGUUUUCCCCUCACCCAUUGCUUCUCCCCUCCCUGCCCUUGAUUUCCCGCACCCCUGCCCUUGUUUCCUACCAUCCAUGCCCCUCGUUUCCCCCCUUUGUACGUUCAGCCUCUUCUCUCCCUGCCCCUCCCCUCCUCCCCCCCUGCCCUUUGCGUUCCCCUCGUUACGCUCCCUUCUCCCCAUCCCUGCUGCCCUCUUGCCACCAUCAGCCCAUCCGCACCACCAGCCCCCCUCCCACCCUUCUCUCCCCCCCUCCCUUUCCCUCUCUCUCUCUCUCUCUUUCUCACACACACACGCACACUCCCCUCCCCCACCCCCCACCCACGUCCUCCCAUUCCGCCCCUCCCUGCCCCUUUCCCACCCCCUCGCACGCCCCUCACCUCCCACCUCCGUGCAACUGGUUUCCCCCCUAUGGUGCCUCCCUUGCAUCGCUCGCCCCGCUGCUCACCCUCUGCCCGCCCCUUUUCCGUGCCCUCAGCUGGCCCAGCCCCUGCCCGUUGCUGCCCCUCCCCUUGCCCCCUCAACUCCCCUGCCCCCCGUACACCCCAGUCCCAUCCAACCGCCCCCACCCUCCCCCGGCUGCCCGUUUCCGCUCUCCACCCCCGCGACCGUGUGCGGCUUCCAACCGCCCAACGGUGGUGCGCGCGGGGCGUUUCUUCGCACGGGCAAGCCUCCCCGGGGGGCCCCCACCCCGCUGAGUCGUUUCACACCCCCUGCCUCCUCAUGCCAUCCGCUCCCCCCCGCCCCCACCCUCCGCGUGCCCGCUCCCUUGCCGCCUCUUUUGACCCUCCCUGCCCCCCUCGCCGUUUCCCACCGCCCGCCAUUCGCUCCUCCCCGCCCGUGCGCUCCCCUCGUUUACCUUCUCCUCCCCCCUCCCCUCCUCUGCUGCACGCCUCUUCCUUCCCCUCGCCGACCCACUCCACUCCCUGCCCCUCCUCAAUCCGCACCCUGCCCCUCGUAUCUCGCCCCCCUAUGCUUGGUUUCUCCCCUCCCUGCCCCUCGCCGCCUUUCUCCGCUCCCCACCUCCCCCCUCUCCCUGCUCCCCCACUCUCCCCCCCUUGCCCUUGGCUUCCUACCUCCCUGCCCCACCUUUCCCCCCUCCGUGUGCUCAGCUUCUCCCCUCCCUGCCCCUCCCUCCUCCCCGCCCUGCCCCUCAUUUUCCGCCCCCCCACGCCCGGUUUCUCCCCUCCCCGCGCCUCCCUUUCUUUCUCCGUGCCUCUCCUUUGCUCCCUCCCUGCCCCCGCCUGCCCAUGCCCCUGUCUUUGGCUUCUCCCCUCCCUGCCCCACGUUUCUUCCCUCCCUGCCCCCCCUCUGCCCCUCCCUUGUUUUCCCCUCACCCAUUGCUUCUCCCCUCCCUGCCCUUGAUUUCCCGCACCCCUGCCCUUGUUUCCUACCAUCCAUGCCCCUCGUUUCCCCCCUUUGUACGUUCAGCCUCUUCCCUCCCUGCCCCUCCCCUCCUCCCCCCCUGCCCUUUGCGUUCCCCUCGUUACGCUCCCUUCUCCCCAUCCCUGCUGCCCUCUUGCCACCACCAGCCCAUCCGCACCACCAGCCCCCCUCCCACCCUUCUCUCCCCCCCUCCCUUUCCCUCUCUCUCUCUCUCUCUCUCUCUCUCUUUCUCACACACACACGCACACUCCCCUCCCCCACCCCCCACCCACGUCCUCCCAUUCCGCCCCUCCCUGCCCCUUUCCCACCCCCUCGCACGCCCCUCACCUCCCACCUCCGUGCAACUGGUUUCCCCCCUAUGGUGCCUCCCUUGCAUCGCUCGCCCCGCUGCUCACCCUCUGCCCGCCCCUUUUCCGUGCCCUCAGCUGGCCCAGCCCCUGCCCGUUGCUGCCCCUCCCCUUGCCCCCUCAACUCCCCUGCCCCCCGUACACCCCAGUCCCAUCCAACCGCCCCCACCCUCCCCCGGCUGCCCGUUUCCGCUCUCCACCCCCGCGACCUCACACCCCCUGCCUCCUCAUGCCAUCCGCUCCCCCCCGCCCCCACCCUCCGCGUGCCCGCUCCCUUGCCGCCUCUUUUGACCCUCCCUGCCCCCCUCGCCGUUUCCCACCGCCCGCCAUUCGCUCCUCCCCGCCCGUGCGCUCCCCUCGUUUACCUUCUCCUCCCCCCUCCCCUCCUCUGCUGCACGCCUCUUCCUUCCCCUCGCCGACCCACUCCACUCCCUGCCCCUCCUCAAUCCGCACCCUGCCCCUCGUAUCUCGCCCCCCUAUGCUUGGUUUCUCCCCUCCCUGCCCCUCGCCGCCUUUCUCCGCUCCCCACCUCCCCCCUCUCCCUGCUCCCCCACUCUCCCCCCCUUGCCCUUGGCUUCCUACCUCCCUGCCCCACCUUUCCCCCCUCCGUGUGCUCAGCUUCUCCCCUCCCUGCCCCUCCCUCCUCCCCGCCCUGCCCCUCAUUUUCCGCCCCCCCACGCCCGGUUUCUCCCCUCCCCGCGCCUCCCUUUCUUUCUCCGUGCCUCUCCUUUGCUCCCUCCCUGCCCCCGCCUGCCCAUGCCCCUGUCUUUGGCUUCUCCCCUCCCUGCCCCACGUUUCUUCCCUCCCUGCCCCCCCUCUGCCCCUCCCUUGUUUUCCCCUCACCCAUUGCUUCUCCCCUCCCUGCCCUUGAUUUCCCGCACCCCUGCCCUUGUUUCCUACCAUCCAUGCCCCUCGUUUCCCCCCUUUGUACGUUCAGCCUCUUCUCUCCCUGCCCCUCCCCUCCUCCCCCCCUGCCCUUUGCGUUCCCCUCGUUACGCUCCCUUCUCCCCAUCCCUGCUGCCCUCUUGCCACCAUCAGCCCAUCCGCACCACCAGCCCCCCUCCCACCCUUCUCUCCCCCCCUCCCUUUCCCCCUCUCUCUCUCUCUCUUUCUCACACACACACGCACACUCCCCUCCCCCACCCCCCACCCACGUCCUCCCAUUCCGCCCCUCCCUGCCCCUUUCCCACCCCCUCGCACGCCCCUCACCUCCCACCUCCGUGCAACUGGUUUCCCCCCUAUGGUGCCUCCCUUGCAUCGCUCGCCCCGCUGCUCACCCUCUGCCCGCCCCUUUUCCGUGCCCUCAGCUGGCCCAGCCCCUGCCCGUUGCUGCCCCUCCCCUUGCCCCCUCAACUCCCCUGCCCCCCGUACACCCCAGUCCCAUCCAACCGCCCCCACCCUCCCCCGGCUGCCCGUUUCCGCUCUCCACCCCCGCGACCGUGUGCGGCUUCCAACCGCCCAACGGUGGUGCGCACGGGGCGUUUCUUCGCACGGGCAAGCCUCCCCGGGGGGCCCCCACCCCGCUGAGUCGUUUCACACCCCCUGCCUCCUCAUGCCAUCCGCUCCCCCCCGCCCCCACCCUCCGCGUGCCCGCUCCCUUGCCGCCUCUUUUGACCCUCCCUGCCCCCCUCGCCGUUUCCCACCGCCCGCCAUUCGCUCCUCCCCGCCCGUGCGCUCCCCUCGUUUACCUUCUCCUUCCCCCUCCCCUCCUCUGCUGCACGCCUCUUCCUUCCCCUCGCCGACCCACUCCACUCCCUGCCCCUCCUCAAUCCGCACCCUGCCCCUCGUAUCUCGCCCCCCUAUGCUUGGUUUCUCCCCUCCCUGCCCCUCGCCGCCUUUCUCCGCUCCCCACCUCCCCCCUCUCCCUGCUCCCCCACUCUCCCCCCCUUGCCCUUGGCUUCCUACCUCCCUGCCCCACCUUUCCCCCCUCCGUGUGCUCAGCUUCUCCCCUCCCUGCCCCUCCCUCCUCCCCGCCCUGCCCCUCAUUUUCCGCCCCCCCACGCCCGGUUUCUCCCCUCCCCGCGCCUCCCUUUCUUUCUCCGUGCCUCUCCUUUGCUCCCUCCCUGCCCCCGCCUGCCCAUGCCCCUGUCUUUGGCUUCUCCCCUCCCUGCCCCACGUUUCUUCCCUCCCUGCCCCCCCUCUGCCCCUCCCUUGUUUUCCCCUCACCCAUUGCUUCUCCCCUCCCUGCCCUUGAUUUCCCGCACCCCUGCCCUUGUUUCCUACCAUCCAUGCCCCUCGUUUCCCCCCUUUGUACGUUCAGCCUCUUCUCUCCCUGCCCCUCCCCUCCUCCCCCCCUGCCCUUUGCGUUCCCCUCGUUACGCUCCCUUCUCCCCAUCCCUGCUGCCCUCUUGCCACCAUCAGCCCAUCCGCACCACCAGCCCCCCUCCCACCCUUCUCUCCCCCCCUCCCUUUCCCUCUCUCUCUCUCUCUCUUUCUCACACACACACGCACACUCCCCUCCCCCACCCCCCACCCACGUCCUCCCAUUCCGCCCCUCCCUGCCCCUUUCCCACCCCCUCGCACGCCCCUCACCUCCCACCUCCGUGCAACUGGUUUCCCCCCUAUGGUGCCUCCCUUGCAUCGCUCGCCCCGCUGCUCACCCUCUGCCCGCCCCUUUUCCGUGCCCUCAGCUGGCCCAGCCCCUGCCCGUUGCUGCCCCUCCCCUUGCCCCCUCAACUCCCCUGCCCCCCGUACACCCCAGUCCCAUCCAACCGCCCCCACCCUCCCCCGGCUGCCCGUUUCCGCUCUCCACCCCCGCGACCGUGUGCGGCUUCCAACCGCCCAACGGUGGUGCGCGCGGGGCGUUUCUUCGCACGGGCAAGCCUCCCCGGGGGGCCCCCACCCCGCUGAGUCGUUGUUUGGGCAAAAAAACGGAAAUAAAAAAAUCGGACGCGCUAAAAUCUUUCUUCUUUUUCCCGCUUGCCCCUCCCCCGGCACGUGCCGAGCAAGGGGCAUAA